AUGCAUAAAUCUGUGAAUAAAAAGAAAAGAAAAAGUCAAGUUAUAAAUAAUACUACUUAUACUACUACUAUUAUUACUACUACUUAUACUCCUCCUCCUACUACUACUGUUACUACUACUACUACUUGUAAUACUACUACUAAUACUACUACUACUACUACUCCGACCACUACUACUACUACUACUAAUAAUAAUAAUAAUAAUAAUAAUAAUAAUAAUGGCAAUUUAGUAAACAUUAUUAAAAAUUACUCAAGUGCAACGUUGAUUUUCAAGGUGAUAAGAGUUUAA